CUGUAUAUACCUGGUCCUUAUACUGAUCAGCAUGACGUCUCUCAUCAUCAGCAUUCAUUAACAAUUCCUUGAUCUUCUUCUCUGCUCUACGAUUACCCUUGGCAAGUGCCUGACGCUCCCUAUAACAAACAAACAAGAACAUCUUUUCUCAAUAUCUAUCAAUCCAUGCUUUCAUACAUACAUUGGUAACAUACAUCAUCCUGAUGCACGAUAAACACAUAAAUAUCUAGCAACUCAGUCUUCUAAUAGAGACAGAUAACAGAGACAAUUGAAAAACCACAAAAAUGAAGGGAUCAAAUUAAUUAAGCAUCGACCUUUAAGAAUGCAAUUUUCAAAUCUUCAAAAUGAUUCUAGGUUUAGGUAUCAAUGUUGCUCCAAUGCUGGGGAUAACACUAGACUAAUCGGAGAGCAUAUUAUAUAAUUAACGGGUUAGACCAAUGGGAGAUCAUAUAAUAAAUAACAUGCUAUUAUUAUCACUGAUGAUUUUAUUAAAUUCUAGAGUUUCUAUCGGUACUUAUAAGUAAUUUUGGCGCUUUAGAAAUCUUAUUUGAUCACAACGGAGGAUCAAGACAAGCAAAUACAAGGUAAGUCUACUUGUUUUUUAAAAAGCUACAUAAACAUUUUACAUAAAAUAAACAUUUUUCAAAAAAAAUUGCCAAUCCAUCAGUUUGUUCUUUGGUCUCAGCUUUCAAUUGUUCCAAAUUUAUUAUGUAUUUUAACGGGUUAAGUCGAUUCUUUCCUUAAUUUCUUUUGUAUAAGGGAGAUAUAUUACUACGGAAUAUACGAAAGGGAUGCUCAUAAAUUUCAUAAAUUCAGGUUAAUUUUUUUGUAAUAUGGGACAUUAAUAAUUGUAUGACAUUUAGUUAAUAUGACUAACAUAAUAUUUUGUAUGUAUAAUGUGAAAUUUGAUACUGUGCCUAAUUUUAUAUUUUUCAAAAUACAAUGUAAAUACUGCUUCAUUUUGUAGAUGCAUUGUAUUUUGAGGUAUCGUUGAACUUUUAAAAAUAAUUUCUCUAUAUGUUUUAAUCUUUUAAUUAUCUAACAUUAAAAUUAAAUUGACCAUUCUAAGAACACAUUGAUUCACACCAAUCCUUCAUUACAGACUUCGAAAUAAACAAACACUGAUUUAGAGCUGUCUGUUAGAGUGGAAGGCUUGGACCAGUAGUUAACAACAGUAAAACAAUGAACAGUACGCUAGGACAAGACAUGGCUGCCAACCAUACACUUAUAGAUAACACCAACAAUACCAGCAGACAGCCUGGUGAAAUUCAUAAACUAUGGGUGGACUUGACUAUUAACAUUUUUAUCUGCCUCUUCACUAUAACUGGCAAUGGUCUCCUUCUGUGGACUGUAUACAAAGUAGAGUCUCUCCAAACAGUUACCAAUAUGUUCAUUGUGAAUCUUUCAGGUGUUGAUUUAUUUACUGGUGUCAUUGUACUACCCAUGGCAAUGGCUACUAACUAUGUCAUACCUCUUAUCACGGGCAACUAUAUCCAAAACAAGUUUGUUUGUUUGCUCAAGACAUUCUUAUUGUUAUCAUGUAAUGGGUUAUCAGUAUUAGGGUUGAUAGGCAUUGCGAUAGAACGUUACAUCGCAAUUUUGUAUCCAUUAAGGUACAUCAAUCUGAUGACUGUAAAUAAGGCAAAAAUCUUCAUCGUAAGCUUAUGGGUUUAUAUCUUGUCAAUCACCCUUAUUAUGUUUAUAGAUGGCCUUAAUGUCUAUCAACACGGGCAACAAUGUACAACUAAUAAUACCCUAGAGCCAUCAUACUUCAUGCUUCUCAAAAUGAACAUUUUCCUCCCCGUUUUAGUGACCAUAAUUGUCUAUUCAAAGAUCGCGUGGGUUGCAUAUAAGCAUCGAGUGAAGAUCCAUAGUGAACUCGCAAGCAUUGAUAAUGCUAGAGCUGUCGCUUACAAAAAUGAGCACUCAUUCAUGAGAACAUCCACGAUUGUAAAUGUUGUCUUUAUUAUCAUGUAUGGACAGUUUAUGAUAAUAUCAUCAAUUAAAUUGAGUCCCGAGCCUGAAUGGUAUAGGACAUUGUGGAACGUAUCAUCAGCCAUCUUGUGGUUGAAUAGUGGAGUGAACCCGUGGAUUUAUGCCAUGCGUCAUAAGAAGUUCAAGAAAGCAAUGCUGUUUGCCCUCAAAAUAAAACCAAAUGAAGAUGACAUUGCCUAAAACAGUAUAGAAUCUGAUUUUUCUUGGGAUCUGAUCUUUUAAUUGAAACCAAGUGUGGAUUUCAUGGCACAGUUUGUAAGACAAAAAGGAAACGUGUGGUUAAUAUAUACCAUUUGUACAAAUGAUUUGAGCCUCAACAGCAGAUUAAUGCUUUUUCUUUGUAAAUAUAUAAAUUACAACAUUACACCUGCUUUUAUGCUUUUAAUUAACGUUCUUUCUUUGUAAAUAUAUAAAUGUCACCAUUACACCUGUUUUUAUGCUUUAAAAUCAAUGUAUUUUCUUUGUAAAUAUAUAAAUGUCACCACUAAAUCUGUUUUUAUGUUUUAACUUUGAUAAAGUUAUUUAA